UGUCGGUUAGCCCAGCCGGCCGAAUGUCCAACAAUUUGUUACGUGAUGAACAACUGCUUCUUCCGCUUCUGCUUGUGCUUCUGCUUCUGUCAGCUCCUAUCGAUGGGGACGGACAACUACAUCAUAGAAGAAAUUACACACGAUCUCUUUCACCAUAGCCAUAGGAGCAUCCUAUUUUCCUGAAUUUCGUCAUCCCCAUGUCUAAUUAAUGCAUGCUUCUUUCAGUUUUGAUUUGGGGGAAAUCUAGGGUGAACCAACGUCUAGAGCCCUAAUCCCUAGUUACUAGUUGCAGCAGCUCGUCUUCUAUCUUCACUGCUCCUCACAAUCACAAAUAAAACCUUUCUUUCACUUCUUCCAUUACCUUCGCUCAUUUCGCCGUCCAUAAAUUCUCCAGGAGUGUCCGCCGCCUCCUUCCUGUUCAUCCUCAUCCGUUUUUUAGUGCCCUAUUUAGAAAUACACAAAUAAAAUAAAUUCAGAAGAUAUUCAGUUCCUUGGAGAUUUGUGAAAUCUGUAUAAUGGAGUCUCUGCUGAUCGGUUCGGUUCAGAAACCUUCAUCGUUGCUAUCACUUUCCUUCACUGCAGGAUAUGUAUCAAAAGGCAAAGUUAUCGGGAACACAGAGAAACUUCUCAGCUUACCUGUAAGUUUGCAGCUAACAGGGCCAAAUUUGCUGCGGCUACAUGUCCAAAGAAGCAAUGGAAGAACCAUUGUAUCAAAUUCCAAACGCGGUUCAAGGCACAUAUCAAAUUCAACGUCUGGACAUUCCCUCGAAUCCGGCCCUUCCAAUAGCCCCUGGAGAUCAGUGCAUCAUGCCUGGGAUGCGUUCUACAGGUUCUCACGGCCUCACACCGUUAUUGGAACAGCAUUGAGCAUAAUCUCCAUCUCUCUUCUAGCAGUCGAGAAGCUCUCAGAUUUUACUCCAUUUUUCUUCACAGGGGUAUUGGAGGCUAUUGUUGCAGCGUUGUUUAUGAACAUAUACAUUGUUGGUUUGAAUCAAUUGACUGACAUAGAAAUAGACAAGGUAAACAAACCAUAUCUUCCAUUGGCCUCAGGGGAAUACUCAGUUAAUAUAGCUGUGAUGAUCAUCUCAUCCUUUGCCAUUUUGAGCUUUUGGCUUGGAUAUGUUGUUGGUUCGUCGCCAUUAUGUUGGGCGCUUUCUGUCAGCUUCGUACUCGGAACUGCAUAUUCCAUCAAUCUGCCACUUUUACGAUGGAAGAGGUUUGCCGUGGUUGCAGCAAUGUGCAUCUUGGCCGUCCGAGCAGUUAUAGUCCAGAUUGCAUUUUACUUGCACAUCCAGAUGCAUGUUUUUCGAAGGCCAGCUAUCCUAACAAAGCCCGUGAUUUUCGCAACUGCAUUCAUGAGCUUCUUCUCUGUCGUCAUUGCACUAUUUAAGGACAUUCCUGAUAUUGUUGGAGACAAGAUUUACGGCAUCAAAUCUUUUACGGUUCGGUUGGGCCAAGAGAAGGUGUUUUGGAUUUGUAUUUGUUUGCUUGAAAUGGCUUACGUGGUUGCUUUGUCGGUGGGAGCGACAUCUUCUUGCAGUUGGAGCAAGUGGACUACGGUAAUCGGGCACGCCCUGCUCGGGUCAUUGCUGUGGAGUCGUGCAAAAUUUAUCGACUUUAAGAGCAAGGCUGCAUUGACAUCCUUCUACAUGUUCAUAUGGCAGCUGUUUUACGCCGAGUAUCUCCUCAUUCCUCUUGUAAGAUGAUUCCUUGGAUGUAAGACAACAGCGAAGCUGCUCGAUCGCAUGACAUGUCCAAAACAUCAAGUCCCGGGAGCUUUAUAGGGUCAUUUGUAGUAUCUUGUUAACGUAAACAUAAGUCCCGGAUACAUCACUUGGCCCGUAUAUGUAUUUUAUUGUAUUAUCCUUAUCGAUCUACUUGGCCGGGCUGGCCUUCCCUUUUGUCCAGUUCUUUCUUUUGUUGGUUUCUGUGUUGGCCGAAGAUUCUCUUGUCCCAAACUAAGCUCCAUAAUGAUAAUAAUUUAGUGGCCUUAGAGUUGUUUGAA